AGACCCUUCUUCGCUACCACCACCACUACCACCAUCAAGAGCCCCACUCAUCAAGGCGACUGCUCACUCUAACCCCCGUGAAACCCACCCAAACUACAUCUGCCGACGCGAUGGUCGUGCUGCUGAGCCCCUUUGAGAGCAAGCUCCGCUCGCAUGGGCACAUCAUGUUCUUCGCGUACCUCGUCGCCCUGCCACUGGGCAUCCUCCUCGCGCGCUAUUUGCGCACCUUCACCAAGUCCUGGUUUUGGCCGCACGCGAUCGUCAACUUCCUCGUCACCGGUCCGCUCAUCUUCGCCGGCUUUGCGCUCGGGUAUCAGGCUGUCGAGGAGACCGCGCCCGGGACGCAUUUCAACGAUCCGCAUAAGAAAUCCGGCCUUGCUCUGCUCAUUCUUUACCUCCUGCAAGUCCUCCUCGGCGCGUUCAUCCACUACGUCAAGCCUAACGCGACGCGCAAUACCCCCGGCGGACGCACCCCGCAGAACUACCUGCACGCGAUCUUGGGCCUGUCGAUCGUCGCGCUGGCCUCAUGGCAGACGCACUAUGGGCUGUGGACCGAGUGGGCGCUGGCAACGGGCAACGCGAACCCCGUCAACUGGAAGUGCAAGCAUUUCUGGCUUGGAAUCGUUGUGGGGAUAUGGGCGCUGUAUGCUGUUGGACUUGGACUGCUGCCUCGGCAGCUGAGGCAGGAAGCCAAGGGUCGCAGGGAAAGCAAGACUUAUAAAUAAGUUCUCCUUCCUUGUUUACGAAUGUGUGUCUCCCUAGGAACUUGUAUGCAUGUACAUACUGCUAACGAUCAGCUUUGUAUUCGCACGUGGUGACAACUUCAGCUCCGGGGCCGAAUCAGGAGUGAAUUGCG